UUUCUACCGGAAUCUUAUUUUUAAAAUUAUUUUUAUGAAAAUAUGAAUUUGUACAAAUAUUAUACGAAGCAGAAAUAAUUUGAACAUUUUCGGGCUGGUUUUAUAAUUGUGAGACAGAUAGGAUAUUUAAAAUUUUUCGAGGCUCUAUGAGAGAUUAUAAAAUAAUUUCCGAGAAGGGAAUGAGCAUUGAUAUUUUUCUACUUCUUUUCUCUUUUAUUUUUACUCCCCUCUUAUUUUAUAAUUUGGUAAAACCGAAGGAGCACAAGUUGCAUUCCAGAAAUUAGAAAAGAAAUAAAGAAAAAUUGCGCGAGCUACCGUAGCGAAUCGUAUCUCCGAAAGUAGAAAAUAAAAUUGUUACUGUUUGGGCCAGCGUGUAACUGCAACAUCGACGCAGAAUGCUUUACGACAAGAAGGAUGGCUGGGGAUGAAAGUGCAACGAGGCGAUGCAACAGGUUCGGAAGAAGGUGGGGUAGCGCAGGCGUGAAAGUCUUUGGUUUCACUUGUAUUCGAAGAGAGCUAGCUACCGGUAGUAGAAGAGGAGUAGGAGGAUUCGAACGGAUCCAGAAGCGAAAUCGUGCUCGUGCCGUGCACAAUGCGUCUCCUCGACCGACCGGAAACGGAUAAUCUCGAUAUCGUUACGAACACAACGCGAACGAACAGAAGUUGAAUCUUCGAGACCGCCAAGUGUGCAGUUUUAUGGUGUUUUCGUGUGACUGACAGGUUCUUUCCUUCCUAUUUCAAAAGUGUAUAACUUAUUUUAGCUUCCUCAUGCCUUAAGUAUUUUGAUCAAUUAUUAACUAAUUAGGCGAUUAUCAUUGUCCAUUACGUAUUAUGUAUUACAAUCUUAAAGUUGGUCAUGGAUUUUAGAAGAAAAAUUGUUUUUAUUACUGAUAAUUGAUAUAUAAUCGAUGUAUAGUAACAUAAAUGAUAUUUGGAUCUAGAAGGAUCGAGUAUUCCACUGUUUUCAUUCAAUUGACGGAAUCUGAUUCUUGAUCUUUGGAAUGAACGAGUUCUAUUAAAUUCAAAUUUCACGUAGCUGAUUUUUCAUUCAACCCUGGAUUUUUCCAAUCUGUAGAUUCUCUUCUUUUUCUCGGUCUACGGUAUCAUGUUGUAACGACUGCCUGAAUAAAGAGAGUUCAAAAUUCCCAUAGAAAAUUCCAUUGAAUAGCGAAAACGAAACACAGACUUGAAGCAAAGAGCCGAAGCGACUUCUUCGAAAAUUCCUAUUCAAAAUUCUUUCUCGUUUAAUAAUAAGGACAAAGUACAGACUGAAGAUACAGGCCGAAAAGAAGAAGCCAGAAUUUCUCCAAAUAUACCACCGAAAAUUCUGCUCAAAGACAAAAUACUGAAGAAACUGAAAGGAAGAAAGCAAAAGAUAAGAAUGCCGGUAGAGUCGUCAAUAUAUUGGGAUUCCAUCGGUUCUCAGCGUUCUACUUCCGUUGGUAGCUCCGGGGACGCAUACAGCUCUGCGAGUGCCAGCAGACACUAUGUCGACCCGUGGGAUUUGGAGAAUUAUGUGUACCUACGUCGGCAUAGUGUCGCCAGUCUGGCGCAACAGAUGCCGCUACAUCAUCGUCGACCCACCUAUCGGUCCCAAGAGACAGCGUCUGCUCAAUCUGAAUAUUGGUACUCGUCGUCGGUGAGAGAACCUGGCUACGACGCGCCUGCUUUCGUGGAAGAAUUGUAUUGUGGACCAGGCAGACUCACGAACAAUAGUUGCUACUAUCAUCAGCCAAUCUACGAGGACGAAGUACCGGAUUACGUCGCCCCUUUUCCGGUCUACGCGCCUCUCUCCGAAGCGAGACACGGUGAAUUCAUGGAAGACCAUAGGCGACUUGGACACAAAUGCAGGUCUACCUCUAUGGGAGAGCUUCAUAGAUCUAUGAGCGUCGACGCUAAUCUUCCGCCAAUGGAUUCUAUAGAAUUAGAUAUGCCAGAUUAUCGUUCUCAGCAAGAAUACACAUCGAUGGACCAAGAGAAAUACAUGGUAGAAAUUAUUCCACCACCUCAUUUGGACCUAAACACAUAUGGACAUCUAAAAAUCGAUUACACGAACAGCUGGAAUUCUUUGAAUCGAAAAAUCCGAAAAUAAUUGUCAUUUUUCUUUUCAAAGAAAGCAUUAAAUUUAUUCUUCGGAUAUGCUGAUAUAUUGAUACUUAGAAAUAUCGCCAAUUAUUUAUGUAAUAUAAUACUAGUAUGUACUAUUUAAGAAACUUAAAAUCGAACCAAAAAUUAUUCAUAGUUUAAUUUACUCGAGUAUACGAAAAUCAGAAGCUAACUUUUCAUUUACUAUAAACGUAGUAAAUUAAUGUAUUUUAUACGAAUCGUAGUAUAGUUGUGUCUCGUAUGAGAAAUAAUAAAUGCUAAAUACCUAUUUUAA